AUCCGGCCCCAGGGACCCCAGGUUUUCUAUGGGAUUCCCGAUCUGCAGCAGAGCCUCACCCCAGCGUGUCUCGGCGGCGGCUGGGCGUGCAAGGCGCCACCCGAGAGGGAUUUAAGCAGCCCAGACCUCCGAGAAAAAGAGCUAGAGAGCCACACACAGAGACCGCCUCACCGCUUCCCUGAAUUAAACAUACUCAGAACUAUUGAGUUUUAUCAUUUUCGUAAAGUGACCGUACGCAGCGCUGUAACUGCAGAAUGGGAAAGCAGAACAGCAAACUGGCCCCCGAGGUCAUGGAGGAUCUGGUGAAGAGCACGGAGUUCAACGAGCACGAGCUCAAGCAGUGGUACAAGGGCUUCCUCAAGGACUGCCCGAGCGGGAGGCUGAACCUGGAGGAGUUCCAGCAGCUCUACGUGAAGUUCUUCCCCUAUGGAGACGCCUCCAAGUUUGCACAGCACGCCUUCCGCACGUUCGACAAGAAUGGCGACGGCACCAUUGACUUCCGAGAGUUCAUCUGCGCCUUGUCCAUCACCUCCAGAGGCAGCUUUGAGCAGAAGCUCAACUGGGCCUUCAACAUGUAUGACCUGGACGGUGACGGCAAGAUCACCCGGGUGGAGAUGCUGGAGAUCAUCGAGGCGAUCUACAAAAUGGUGGGCACUGUGAUCAUGAUGAAAAUGAAUGAGGAUGGCCUCACGCCCGAGCAGCGAGUGGACAAGAUUUUCAGCAAGAUGGAUAAGAACAAGGAUGACCAGAUUACACUGGAUGAGUUCAAAGAAGCUGCAAAGAGCGACCCUUCCAUUGUAUUACUCCUGCAGUGCGACAUUCAGAAAUGAGCUGACACCAAUACUACGGACUGCACAAGUCUCAAUGUUCCAUUUAGUCUGCAGCUACACACACACACACACGCACGCAUACACACAUACACACACGUUGCUUGGACUACCUAUACAUGGACUUGCUUCUUGUGUUUGAAACACUGUGUGCAUGAGAAUGUCAUUUGCUAAUGAAUUUUAAAAGCAUAUAUUAUACAACAAAACCUCCCACAAUGUGAUAUGUGUCAUAUCAUUUCAUAAAAAAUAAUCCUCAAAAGCCUGGCAGAAAUGUGCUGCGAAGUUACAUGAUUUCUGUACCUGUGUGCUAACACCGCAUCUCCUGGUUACAUGUUAGUGCCACUGAGCCCCACAGUGAUGUACCCUAACCCUGAGCUGUCACCUUCUGUACAGUAGAACUGCACAGGCCCGCACUUUGGCCACACAAGCUCUUGUGUUAUAAGUAUAAAUGUGCUGUUUGCAUGCCUUUUGGGUUUGCCUUAAUUCUUACCUCAUGUGCAUCCUACUGAUCUGGAAAGAGCUGUUUUUAAUGAAUGCAGUAUAAAACUUAAAAAUCCUGCUAAAUGAUUAAUUCAUUAAGUAUAUCUACCUACAUAUACAUAUUCAGAGAUAUUAUUUAUUAAAAGUAAAAAAAGAUGGAAAUGUAUUGUUUUCUGCUUGAGUUUUCAAAGGCUUCCAAAAAGGUGGCAACAGAUAUCUCAAAUAAAUUUAUAACAUUUGAUUUUCCUCCCUAAUUCUUACUUUAUCAUUUUAAAUUUGAAACAUCAAGAAAACAGUCAAGUCAGCAAGUGGUAACUUUCUAAAUCUGCCCUUAAAUACACGCCUUCAGAAUUUAAAAAACUAUUAACAAAAAGAAAAGCAACUUCCCUAUUUUUCUUCCAGCCCCUCCCAAAGGGACAAUAAGGCAUAUAAUGAUUAAACAAAAGACUUGUUUAUUCCAAAAAAUGCUGUGAUAGUAAACUAUCUGUGACUUUGGUGCUCACAACAUACUGUGUUAUACGUAACUAUGUAGAAAGUACAUUUAGUGGGGUGAGAGGUGUCCCCCAAGAUAAGCUAUUAGGAGACAUCCGCUAUCUAACUCAUAAGUAUACUAGUUUGAUUUAUAAAAAUGGGGCAAAUGCUGACCUUUUCACCUUAAGAACAGGUUGAGAUUCAUCAGGAAUUCUAAAAGUAGGCUGGCAGGUUUAGAAUAGGGCUGGAGAGACUUGGUUUCUUUACACAGUGCUGCCCAUUUGUACUUCUUCUGUCUGCACUUUAAGAGGCUACCAGGCACUUUCAGUAUGGCCUGGUAUGACUGAGGAACUACACUUUAAAUUUCUAAUUAAAUUUCAUUUGCUAGGUAGAAUGAGUGGCUAAUGCACCAGGCAGUGUGGCACUAUAUUCUUCAAUGAAGCACUUUCUAUUGAGUACACUUUCCAAAAUAUUCUUCCUUUGUUUUAGGAUCAUUAAGACUGGAAAAUGACUCCUUUCACACAUUCAACAACAAACUGUGACCAGGCAAACCUUACUAUAAACUCUGUACCUGAGACAGUGACAGGACCCAGAAUCUGUCCUCAGAGGACAGUUCCACAGGUACAGACGCCUGUGCAUAGUGAGCUCAGCAAGUAGAGACCAGGGAGGUUUAGCGUCUCCCACCUCCCAAUACUCUUUCCUCCACUACUUGUGGAUGGGUGGGUGAACUGGGCAGAGCUUCUGGAUGAGACCCUCAGGGAAGGCUCUGGGUAAUUCCUAACAGGUCAUCACAGAUCACUACACACCCAACACCCCAGAAAGGAGAGAAGGGAGAGAGCUGGGACACAGUAGUGGCUCUGCAGUGGGGUGGGAAGCUGGCGUUUAAGAUGAGACCUUCCCGAAAGGCCAGGGAAGCCACCAGUGUCACAGACGCUGGGCAUUUACAAGAGCAACUCCUUUCGCAGACCCACUAGUUGCCUCAUAAAUAAAACAGAGGCAGAGGCAAUGCCUCGAUCAUUAGUGAUAAUUAAUUUUAGUAGCUGUGUAAUUUACAUCUUGGCUUAUUCAAACUCAUCACACUUGUUAUUUUGAGAAAGAUUUUAAUCAUUUCCAGUGCCAAGAAUGAAGAAGGUAGGGUUUAAAAAUCCAAGGAAGAUUUCCUUUUUGUUUCUACAGGCUGAGUCACUAUUCAUAAAAAGGCUUAAGUUAGUCACAUUUCAACGCACAAAAACCAUGACUUUAAUACACGUAAUUUUUUUUUAUUUUUAAAAGUUAACAAUCUUUUUAUUCCUUUACUUUACCUAAUAAUACUACUAUUGGCACAUUAGACAAAUAUAUUUUUCACUGAUAGAUGAAACCAAAACUUUGCCGAAGCAGUGAAUAGUUUUCAGUUCAGCAGGAGAUGCUCAGAUACCUGAGGAUACUUCUCAUUUGUAUUAAGAAGUCUGACAUUCAAAAUGGUCACAAAAAUCCAUACAUUAAAAAUUCUUAGCUAGUAAAAUUUAUGCAUAUGGUAAACUCUAGUUUUUAUUUGAAAAAGCACAUGAAUGGGAAAUAGUUUUGAUACAAAUGAGUUGUAAGUGUAACUUAAAAGCAGACACUGUAUGGUUACUGGAGAAUACUUAAAAUAUUCAGCAUACAUCUUCUUGCUAUAAAUUCUUACAUUAGAAAGCACACAAGUUUCUGGUAUCAUCCGACAAUUGAUCGCAAUUUGGACUCCCUCCCCAGCCAAAAGCAAAAUCAGUUUUUUCUCAAAAACUACAGAAGUGUCCCUUCUCUUAAUGUAUGUCUUGAAAUACUUUUUUCAAAUUUAUAAAUAUGUAUUCCAAUAUUUAUUGCUAGUAAUACAAGGAAUACUUUUUGGUAUUUAAUACAUUUUAAAAAGUUUUAUACUGACGCUAGUAUCAAAGCAUAUAUAAGUCCUAUUCAUGUUUUUUUUUAAAGUUCAUAAAUUCCAUUGUUUUUUAAAGAAUAAACUAUAUCUGAUCAUUCUGGCAGCACACUUCUCAGCAUCUCUAAAAUCAGGAUGUGUCUACAGCUGAUCUCAUGAGCUCUCCAUCCAGGUGGCCUCUGGUUCACACAGCCAGCUACUCACUGCUCUCCUCCCAGCCCGCAUGGUCCCUCUGGCCUGUGUCCUCACCAGAGCCCUGGACUCCAAACUGAGGGCUUCUCAACUUGGUCAGGUACCACAGGCCAGGGUGGACAACUGCAACAUGGUUUGGUCCUGUGUCCAGUUACAGGCUGUCAUCUGGACAGAGGACAGUAACAGACUGAGAAAAUACUGGGUCAGAGCAAACAGCGCCUCAAGACUUCAAGAGUGUCUCAUAAAUAGAUAGCAUGUUAAUUUGAUGAAAUACAAUUAAAAGUUAUAGCCCAAAUCUGUUGUUGAGUCCCAGGGUUAAAAAUUACCUACAGGGAGGAACUACAGUGUACUUACCGUGCUAUGUAAGUCCCUCCUAAUUAAU